CUUUUGGUACGAUGGAAAGAGACAGCGUAUGUUAUUUAUGUUGCAUGUUUGUUCGACUCUUUAGUCUUCAGUCAGAGCCGGUUGAUAAAGUGAUUGAUUCUUAAUUUUGUGCCAUUGUUGUGUUAUAUUCCGAAAUUUAAACAUGUCUUGCUGCAAGGGCGGGCCGGGGUACGCGUCCCCCAUGGACGCCUUCACGAGCGGGCCUCGGGAGCUGCUGCUGUACACCGUGUGCGUGCAGCCCGACCAGAGCAAGCAGGACUACAUGGCCACCGUGGACGUGGACCCGGAGUCGCCUACUUAUGCUCAGGUGAUCCACCGCACGUAUACCGGCCGGCCCGGGCAGGAGCUCCACCACAGUGGCUGGAACGUGUGCUCCAGUUGCCAUGACAACCCGGAGCUGAAGAGAAACUUCCUCAUCCUGCCGGCGCUCAACACUUCGAAUGUCUUCGUGGUGGACGUCGGGACUGACCCGAGGAAACCUGAGAUUCAUAAGGUAAUCGAGGGCUCCGAGAUGAAGGCUGUAAACUGCAGUUACCCGCACACCACGCACUGCCUCGCCUCCGGGGACAUCAUGAUCUCCACCAUGGGAGAUAAGGACGAGAACGGCAAGGGGGACUUCGUACUCAUCGACGCCAAGUCUUUGAAAGUGACAGGCUCCUGGACGAGGGGGGAGAAGAUGGCUAAAUUCGGAUACGACUUUUGGUAUCAACCUUAUCAUGAUGUCAUGUUCUCGACUGAAUGGGGCUCUCCGAAGUAUUUCAAAACCGGGUUGCACGCGGAGGACAUUCCCAACCCACAUCGUUACGGGACGUCGCUAAAUGUGUACAAAUGGUCCACGCGCGAGUUGAUCCAGUCCAUAGAUCUCGGUAAAGAAGGUUGUGCUCCCCUGGAGAUCAGGUUCCUGCAUGAGCCGACGGCCGCACAAGGCUUCGUGGGAUGCGCAGUGGAAGCCAACGUCUACAGGUUCUACAAAGGCUCAGACGACACCUGGAAGGCGGACAAAGUUAUAGACGUCCCCGCGCAAAAAGUUUCCAAAGACGGUGUCGUGUCAGAACUUGGCGGUCUUAUGUCCGAUAUACUUCUCUCGCUGGAUGAUAAGUAUUUAUACUUCUCGAACUGGCUUCACGGGGACGUGAGGCAGUACGACGUGUCAGACCCGACCAACCCGAAGAUGACUGGUCGAGUGUUCUUGGGCGGACAACUAGUCAACGAUCCCGACCUAGAGUUGGUUCAUUGUGACGACCUAAAGGAGCGGCCAAAGCAAGUGACGAUAAACGGAACUCCCCUAUACGGAUCACCUCAAAUGCUACAAUUGUCUUUAGACGGAAAGCGUCUCUAUGUGUCGUGCUCUCUGUUCUCUCCGUGGGACAAACAGCUCUACCCGAAGAUGGCUAAACACGGUGGAUGGAUCGCGAAAUUGGACGUUGACAUUGUCAAUGGGGGCAUGAAGUUGGACGAAAACUUCUUAGUUGACUUCGGGAAGGAACCUAAUGGACCAGUACUUGCGCAUGAGAUGAGAUACCCAGGAGGUGACUGCACAUCAGACAUUUGGCUCGCGAAAUAAAAAGAAUACCAGUUCUCCGGCAUAAUAAAAACGAUAAUGUCAUGACCAUCAAUCAUGUUGUUGAUGAGUGGAAAACGAUAAUAAAUGUACCUAAUAUAUGAA